AUGAGAGCUGUUCUCCAGCCAGGAGGAAGUUAAUCUCUGGGCAGCUGUUGCUAUUCCCUCCUUGGACCAAUUCACAGAAAGCAGCCUGCUGCAUCCAGACAUUGUGUGAUCAGUAGGAGAAAUAGAGAAAAGGGGGAGGGCAGGGUCACUGUGCAGAAGGAGGAAAAAGACCUACCCAUCCUUAUACUCCCCUGACAAUACAAGCAUUGGAUGACAUCACAUGGAGGGGGAGUGAUUUGUGGGUACUGUAGACUUUGUGUUAACAUACAUCACUUCCUAGCUGCCAUACUACAACUAUUAUAGAAGGGGGCACCCUGGCUGCACAGCCUCCCUCUGCCUGCACAGUCCCUCUGGAUGUUGCACACAAUUGCUUUGAUUGUAUGACCUACGCCAAUACAUGGCUUUCCUACCUAACAAUGGAUUGCACCAUCCUCCAGCCAGGAGAGUGUAUUCAAGGAUGGAGGCCUCCUGUCUGGAGCUGGCACUUGAGGGGGAACGACUCUGUAAAGCCGGGGAUUUCAAAGCUGGUGCCGCUUUCUUUGAAGCUGCGGUCCAGGUUGGAACCGAGGAUCUGAAAACACUUAGUGCUAUCUACAGUCAGCUGGGCAAUGCAUAUUUCUACUUGAAGGAAUACUCCAAGGCUCUUGAGUAUCACAAGCAUGACCUUACACUUGCCCGGUCCAUUGGAGAUCGCAUUGGAGAGGCAAAAGCCAGUGGGAAUCUUGGGAACACAUUGAAGAUUCUUGGUCAGUAUGAUGAAGCCAUUGCCUGCUGUCAAAGGCAUCUGGAAAUUUCUCAAGAGCAGGGAGACAAGGUGGGUGAAGCUCGGGCACUUUACAAUGCUGGAAAUGUUUACCACGCCAAAGGGAAGCAGUUGUCAUGGAACAUGCCUCAAAUCCCAGGAGACCUGUCAGAGGAAGUCAAAGAGACCUUGCUAAAGGCCACCAACUAUUAUGAGAAAAAUUUAGCCCUGGUAAAAGAGCUGGGGGACAGGGCUGCUCAGGGCCGAGCUUACGGAAAUCUUGGUAACACACACUACCUCUUAGGCAACUUCAAUGAGGCCAUUGCUUUUCAUAAAGAGAGAUUGUCCAUUGCUAAGGAGUUUGGAGACAAAGCUGCCGAGCGAAGAGCAUACAGCAACCUGGGCAACGCUCAUAUAUUCCUGGGCAAGUUUGAUGCUUCAACUGAGUAUUAUAAGAAGACCCUGCAGCUUUCCAGACAGCUGAAGGACCAGGCAGUGGAAGCACAGGCUUGUUACAGUCUAGGUAAUACAUACACACUACUCCAGGACUAUGAGCGAGCUAUAGAAUAUCACCUCAAGCAUCUGUCUAUUGCCCAGGAAUUAGGUGACAGGGUAGGAGAAGGGAGGGCAUCCUGGAGUCUCGGUAAUGCCUAUGUAUCUUUAGGGAACCAUGAGGAAGCCCUUCGCUAUGCAAGGAAGCACAUGGAAAUUUCAUGUGAGAUCGGUGACCGAAAUGGAGAGUUGACAGCUCGCAUGAAUGUAACACAAUUACAGUCUGCACUUGGCAUCGGAUCCAGUGAAGAUGAUGGAGACGCUUCUCAAUGUGAAGGCUAUAAAGCACAAGGUGCAAGACCUAAAAGGUUGCAUCGGACCAGUAUGGACAGCUUAGACUUAAUAAAGUUUCCUUCAGAAAAGACCCAAAAUGGUGACAGUCACCACACCGCGGGAGUAAAAAAGGACUUCUCUACAAAACCCGCUAGGAGUAAAAAAUACAAAGAAAAUCAGUGUUCUGCAGACCCAAAAACACAGGAGAUUACCCCAGUGGAUGCUAUGGAUGUUAGAGUCCAAAUGCCUCAUCUGAAAAUCAAUCGGGCUCCUUCUGAUGAAGAAUGCUUCUUUGACCUCUUAAGUAAAUUUCAAAGUAACCGGAUGGAUGAUCAAAGAUGUACGUUAGAAGAAAGCCAGAGCGGAGGGACGGAACCCACAGCGACACCAGUGCCUGGGAUGGACGACCGGAUAUCUAAUUCUUCGUUGAUGGCCUCACCUCAGACAGAAGAAUUUUUUGAUCUGAUCGCCAGUUCCCAGAGCAGACGCCUGGACGACCAGCGGGCGAGUGUGGGGAACCUACCCGGUCUACGGUUAACUCACAAUAACAUGGGACAUCUGAAAGUAGAAGGAGACCAACAGGAGCCCGGAGAUGAGUUCUUCAACAUGCUGAUGAAAUGCCAGUCUUCAAGGAUAGACGACCAAAGAUGCGCCCCACCAGACCCCAUGCCCAGAGGACCCACAAUGCCAGAUGAAGACUUCUUCAGCCUCAUCCAGAGAGUCCAGGCCAAGAGGAUGGAUGAACAGAGAGUAGACAUCCCAUCCAGCCAAGAAGAUGGUGAACAUCAGAACAGCCAGCAGAGGUCGAACAACAGCUAAGUGUCAGCUCUUCCGCCCAGCCCUGCCUUUAACAAAGGAGCCAACCUCCAAGGAUCUGACUCCCUGUAGUAUCCUGAAAGCAGAAAACUACUUUUCAAUUAGAAAUCCGUGUAUUUGCAUAGCUGAGGCAAAUCGUUCAACGUAUGUGAAAUAUUCAAGUGUCUUCAGCCAAUUAGUAAAUUAAGGACCUUCCAUUUUUUAUAGGACUUUUUUUGAAGUAGACACCAGAAAAGAAGCUGCAUUAGCAGGAAACUUAGUAAUAUACGCAAAUAGCCGCAGAUUUUAAUAUUUGCAGCACAAGUCGAUUUCUGCGGAUGCUUUACAGACAGGGGGCGUCAUGGACAGGAGCGUUUCGAGCCCCACCCUAUAGUGGGAGAUGAUGGUGUUACUACUGUAAGUUGUAAGCGGGCCAGGUUUAUCCCAGACUGGUUCACUCAGGGCCUUAUUCACUAAAUGGCAAUAAUGACAAUUUUGUUUUUUGUAGUUUAGUGUCUUUUUUUUUAAAGUUUUUUUUGUAAUAUAUUCUUUAUGGAUUUUAAAGAACAAGCGAGACUGUACGUGACCAUCCAUAAUGAAUGUGAGCGUACCGCCCUAGAACGCGGUGUGUAUCUGACCUGGCAGGGAACAGGUUAACAGGUACUACUGUAAGCGUUCUAGCAAUAAUAUACCAGGCAGCUGGGAGGCGCUGACCUAGAUUUUACUGCCGUUCAGUGAAUGAGGCCUAGAGAUCGCAAGCUACAAACUGCCGUGUCUCAUUCUCCAGCGUGUUGGAGCUGUCUGUCUGUCUGUAUGUCUCCUCUAUUCAUUACACGAAAACAAAGGAGCUCUCCGAAAAGGAAUGAGGGCCGAGGCCUCCAAUCUCAACCCUCUGGGGCAAACUGGGUACAUGCAACCGUGGACAUAAACAUUGAAACCGUGUCUAUAUAGGGAACGGUACAACUGGACACUAAGAGUAGAGAAAAAACACAUUUUAUAUUGGUUUCUUCCCUAUUCAAUACAAUUUUCAUAAUCUCUGCUUGCUUACAGUGAAUGGAACGAUUCCUAGAACAGUUUUUCCCAACCAGGACGCCUUCAGCUGUAGUAAAACUACAACUCUCAGCAUGCCCGGACAGCCGUUGGCUGUCCGGGCAUGCUGAGAGUUGUAGUCUUACAACAAACGGAGGCACCCUGUUUGGGAAACACUGGCCUAGAUAGUACAACUGUAUGUCCAAUCUAGGCAAUCACUAAACAGGAUGGGUUCCAGGCUGAUGCACUGUAGCGGAACAGGAGGAAUGUUGCGGAUUUUCAGUAAAGAUUCUAAUGCAUUUGGCAGCAUCUCUAUAUUUUGCAGAUUCCUUCCAGAUUAAGACCGAGGAUUUGCUAUCCAAAGGGCGAAAUCUCAGGAGAAUUCCACAAACAGAUAAUGUCGGGUUUCAACAUCCCCCUCAUUCUGCCGAUAUAUUGAGCUUGCAGGGUUUGUUUCCAUUCAAUUACAGAAAGCAGAGAUGUUAAAAGGGUACUCUGGUGGGGAAAGAAAAGGUUUUCAAAUCAACUGGUGGAAGAAAGUUAUACAGGUUUUGUAAAUGACUUCUUAAUCCUUCCAGUACUUAGCAGCUGCUGUAUGCUCCAGAGGAAGUUGUGUAGUUCUUUCCAGUCUGACCACAGUGCUCUCUGCUGACUCCUCUGUCCGUGUCAGAACAGAAAAUCCCCAUAGCAAAAACCGCUCCUGCCCUGGACAGUUCCUGACAUGGACAGAGGUGUCAGCAGAGAGAACUGUGGUCAGACAGAAAGGAAAUUCUAAAAGAAAAGAACUUCCUCUGUAGUAUCACAGCAGCUAAGUAUUGAAAGGAUUAAGAUUUUUAUAUAGACGUAAUUUACAAAUCUGUUUAACUUUCUAGCACCAGAUUUGAUUUGAAAACAUUUUUUUUCCCACCAGAGUACCCCUUUUAAACCUCACACCACAAUCCUCUUUACUGAUAAGACAUGUCUGGUAGGUGACACCUCACAGCAAUGAAACACGACGAUUGUAGUCUGAGACCAGAGUCCUCUUCAUACAGAUAACUGUAGGAGGAAUCAUCUUCUGUGUUGUAUCCAGUUACAUAAUAAGAGGACAAAUUGUGAAAUGUAAAGUAUAUGUAUGAGUGAUGUUAUAUAUUUGAUCUCUUCAGGUCUCAGACUUGUUACAUUACUUAUGUUCUUUUCUUUAUGGUACAAUACUGUCCAUUACAGAGUCAGGUCCUGUAGCUUUAUUGCUAUUAGAUCAUACAGUCAUGGCCGUAAAUGUUUGCACCCCUGAAAUUUUUCAAGAAAAUAAAAUAUUUCCCACAGAAAAGGAUUGCAGUAACCCAUGUUUUGCUGUACACAUGUUUAUUCCCUUUCUGUUUAUUAGAAAUAAAUCAAAAAAAGGGAUGAAAAAAAGCAAAUUGGACAUAAUGUCACACCAAAUUACAAAAAUGGGCUGGACAAAAUUAUUGGCCCCCUUUCAAAAUUGUGGCAAAAUAAGAUUGUUUCAAGCAUGUGAUGCUCCUUUAAACUCACCUGGGGCAAGUACAGGUGUGGGAAAUAUAAAAAUCACACCUGAAAGCAGAUAAAAAGGAGAGAAGUUCACCUAGUCUGUGUGUGCCACACUAAGCAUUGACAACAGAGGAGAAGAGAACUGUCUGAGGACUUGAACCAAAAUUGUGGAAAAAUAUCAACAAUCUCAAUGUUACAAGUCCAUCUCCAGAGAUCUAGAUUUGCCUUUGUCCACAGUGCGCCACAUUAUCAAGAGGUUUGAAACCCAUGGCACUGUAGCAAAUCUCCCUGGACUUGGACGGAAGAGAAAAAUUGAUGUAAGGUGUCAACGCAGGAUAGUCUGGAUGGUGGAUAAGCAGCCCCAAACAAGUUCCAAAGAUAUUUAAACUGUCCUGCAGGCUCAGGGAGCAUCAGUGUCAGCACAAACUAUCCGUCGACAUUUAAAUUAAAUGAAACGCUAUGGCAGGAGACCCAGGAGGACCCCACUGCUGACACAGAGACAUGAAAAAGCAAGACUACAUUUUGCCAAAAUUAACUUGAGUAAGCCAAAAUCCUUCUGGGAAAACAUCUUGUGGACAGAUGAGACCAAGAUAGAGCUUUUUGGUAAAGCACAUCAUUCUGCUGUUUACCGAAAACAGAACCAGGCCUACAAAGAAAAGAACACAGUACCUACAGUGAAAUAUGGUGGAGGUUCAAUGAUGUUUUGGGGUUGUUUUGCUGCCUCUGGCACUGGGUGCCUUGAAUGUGAAUCUGAGGAUUACCACAGCCCAGUGUCAGAAAGCUGGGUUUGCGUCCGAGAUCUUGGGUCUUCCAGCAGGACAAUGACCCCAAACAUAUGUCAAAAAGCGAGUACUAGACAAAAAGAAUUUUUGAGGCUCAAGGUCUUUGGAUAAGGAACACAC